AUGUCGCAACCCGUGGACGUCCCAACCCAUCUCAACUCCCUCAUCACCUCUUCACAUCCUCAACUGCGCGAUGCAGUCCUCCCAAAGCUUCUCAGCUCAAUCCACACAAUAGCCGGCCACCUGCGCACCUCCCCAUCGGUAACCCAAGUCGGAACCGCCAAUGCCUUCGGCGACGACCAACUGAACGUGGACGUGCUGGCCGAAGAAGCGAUCCGCAAAACCAUCGAUUCAUGCCCAGCAAUCGUAACAGCCUCCAGCGAAGAAGACCCCGUUGAAAAAUCAUCGAAAUCUACCAGCAGCGAAGAUUCAGGCAAAGAAGUCUACACACUCGCCUUCGAUCCGCUAGAUGGCUCCUCCAUUAUCGCACCAAACUGGAGUGUAGGCACGAUAAUCGGGGUCUGGGAAGGGGCCUCUGCUUUACAUCAAUCGCCCGAUGCAAAGCAAAUCGCCUCGAUACUGGGCGUACUGGGCCCGCGUACUACCGCCAUUGUCGCCCUUCGUUUACCAGGUACCAAGGGAUCAUGUUUCGAGGUCGGAUACGCAGAUGACGGCACCAUGCAAGUCAUCCGCCCAGACGUGCAGUUGACGGAAGCCGCUGAAGUAAAGACGCGAUACUUCGCCCCGGCCAACAUGCGCGCAGCGGCCGAGGACCAGAGGUACCUGAACCUGGUCAACCGUUUCAUUAUGCAAAAGUACACGCUGCGAUACAGCGGCGGCCUCGUUCCGGAUGUUGUACAUGCGCUGGUCAAGGGCCAUGGUGUUUACAUUUCUCCGGUCACAGAGCAGAGCAAAGCCAAGCUUAGACGACUUUAUGAACUAGCGCCUAUCGCGCUGAUUCUGGAGUGCGCUGGAGGUGCGGCGUUGGAUUCUGCGACAGGGAAGAGGGUGCUUGAGACAGCGAUUGAGGAUACGGACGAGAGGGGUGGGUUGAUCUGUGGAAAUAAGGAGGAGGUUGAGGCUGCUGCGAAGUCUUUACUUCAGUAG